AUGGCCAGCUCUGUUUCAAAAGAAAUCGACCUACUAAAACUUCGCCCGCCUUAUUAUAAUGAUUCAAUCAAAAUCCUUUUCCGGUUUGGGUUUGAUCCCAGAAGUGAUGAUUACAAGGUUAUUAAGCUUACAGGUGUUGUCCGAGAACACAGAAAUAUUAGCCCAUUUAACGGACCACUCAUUAAAGAUUGGCUGCAAGUUGAGGUUUAUAGUAUGAGAAAAGGAACCUGGGAGUUAAUCAGUCAAAAGUUUCCAUCGCAUGUUAUAAGCAUUGCCUUACAAGAUGAAGUUUGUGUAGAUGGCCAUGAUGGCCAUCUUCAUUGGCUUGCUAAUAUUCAGGAGAAUGUGAUGAAACAAACUAUAGUGGCAUUUGAUUUGGGAGUGGAGACGUUCUGUGAGAUACUUUUACCUAAUUCAAUGCAUGAUUACAAUGUGCACCACAGGAAUGUGUUAGGAGUUUUGGGUGGAAAGCUUUGUGUGAUGUCGGGUGUUAGAGAUGGAGGAUGUGAGGUGUGGGUGAUGGAUGAGUAUGGGGUGGUGGAAUCAUGGGUCAAACUCAUGCGUUUGGUGGUGAUAUUAUACAUCCAUAUGGAUUCACAUUACACAAUGAGUUUAUCUUUAAUGGGUUUUUGA